CCCGGAGCCCGCCACCUCUGCUCUCUUGUAAUUCUAUAUUACCUGUCGUCACUGGCCGAGGCUGCAAUUACCUUCUCUCUUUAACCUCCGGGAUCACGACCUUUUAUUCUACUUGUUCCUCUCCACCGAAGAGACUUUUCUCAAGAUGCUUCCGAUGGCGAGGCCCGCCAUCUCUGGCGCUCUGUGCGCUGCGCGACCCCGUUUCGUUGCAUCUAUCCCCCGUGCCCAACCCUUCGCGGCCCUCUCGACCUCGUCAAUCAAAUCAGCGACAGCGCUCGAGCGUCAACCAUCAGCAGCCGCCCAGCAAUUGACCGCGUCAGGCAAGGCCCGCCGAGAGGUGCCUUUGCCCAGCCAGGAGAAGAAGGAGGGUGCUAUGCAAUAUGCCUUGACCACCCUUGAUCAGAUUGCCAAUUGGGCUCGUCAAAGUUCUUUGUGGCCCAUGACCUUCGGUCUCGCAUGCUGCGCCGUGGAGAUGAUGCACCUUUCUACCCCCCCGUUACGAUCAGGAUCGUCUUGGAAUCAUUUUCCGUGCUUCUCCGCGUCAAUCCGAUGUUAUGAUUGUGGCCGGUACAUUGACGAACAAGAUGGCCCCUGCUCUGCGCCAGGUUUAUGAUCAAAUGCCCGACCCCCGGUGGGUUAUCAGUAUGGGCAGUUGUGCCAACGGUGGUGGCUACUACCACUACAGUUACUCGGUCGUGCGGGGCUGUGACCGGGUUGUGCCGGUCGAUAUCUACGUGCCUGGAUGCCCACCCACUUCCGAGGCACUGAUGUACGGUAUCUUCCAGCUGCAGAAGAAGAUGAGACACACUAGAAUCACACGCAUGUGGUACCGCCGUUAAUCUCUAAAACCAAUGAUAUGGUGGACUGUUUUUUUGCCUCUUCGGUCAUAGUGCAUGGUAAACUUAAGUGACUCAACCUGACCGCCGUGGAGUUUUUAUGUGUCUUUUUUACUUUGUAUAUCAAUAUCAAGC